GGAAGUUUUCAAAACAACAACACACGCAGCUAGGUCCCAAUGCUCCUCCGGGCUGGGGGGCGGUUUGAGUUGGCCGGUACUUGUUAUACGUUAAUGUAAUAGUCGUGUCAGAUAGAGAAGUGUAGGAAUUUGUGUGGAUUCGUACCGGAUCCAGCAAAGGAAUCAACAAAAAUGUUUAAAAGUUGCGGUUUGUAAUAAGAUAUAUACAUCGAAAUGCUAUAUUCAUGUCAUCGAAUGUGUCAUUGGUCUUUAUGCGGAAAUUACGCUUCCUCUUUUUUUCAGUUCUCUUAAUUCAUACUUUCUGAGGCGAAUGUUGCCAAAUAAUGAAGCGACUUGUUCUACAUCAAGAGACAGAUUUUAGUGACUUCACCCAAGGUAGGGUUUUGAUUGACUUUUUGAAACAGAACUCCGCCAGUAGUAUCUGCUAUACCAAUAACAUUCAUAGUCGAUUAUCCAAUAUCCGAAUUAGCCCCAAUGGACAUCACAUCCAUAUAAUUAUUAGCGAGCCAAAAAGUGGCCUUUUAACUUUCGACAAGCAUAUACGACAUACUCAGUCACGCAACCAAAAACUUUUAGUGUUAAGCCGUACGAGAUCAGUUUAUAUCGUGGACGUUGUCUACUUGAACAAUAGCAGCAGAGAUCGUAGUGGAGAUACAGCCGUUGUCGUUUUUGAGAAUGGAAAAUCCGAUUUUUGGAAAUACUGCGAGCAGGAAGGCUGGCAUUUCCUGCAAACAAUGGAGCUGUGCCAGAUCCCUAAAGCGAAAGUGAAGUCCAUCUGUGCCAGCAGCAACAUCAUUGUCUGGUGUGAAGAGACCCCACCCUCCAAAUCAACAUCAGCAAUCAAUGUUCAUCAGAACUGCUUCUGUUACCGUAUCUGCAGCAGAUCUUAUGAGCUGGAGGAGGGGGCAGCCAUCUUGGGGGAGGUGAAGGUCAUUCUGCACAACAGUCCUCGGUACAUGACCGUUGCCUCUGGAAACAAUGUGCACCUCUUGCCAGACCCAAAGGGGAGUACUUUCAGGAACAUCUCUGGUUUCUUCCUGACAUGGUUCCCACAGUGUGGCUCACUUGCCAUCAGCAGUAUCUCUAGGGGAAUUCUACUGAUGAAGGAGUCAUGUGCUAUGAGCGACGGUUAUAAUUUCACAGAGCUCAUAUCCCUCGCGGUGCCUUUGGCCUCCAACCAUCUAGAAAUCUGUGCUGCCUCUACCUCCAGGUGUGACAACCUGUCCUUUCUGCUGAGCUCUGGCUGGAUCAACAUGAUAGACAAUCAUGGCACGUUGAGACAAGUCUACAAACUGGCGCACAGUUGUAGCACCACGGGUGGAAAAUGGAUCGACAUGAAUAUCUACCAUAAUUGGCUGGCUGUGAUAGUGGGGAAGACCUUAUAUUUGAUUGAUGCCCAGUGUGGCUUGAAAUUGGAGAAAAUCCUCCUGAAGACAGAUGGGAUGCUUUAUGUGAACUGCCAGGACAGCCAGGUGCCACACAUCCUGACAGAAGCUGGGCUAUUCCAAGUGAAAUGCUGGGAUCAAGACUUCAGUCAUGUGCUGGACCAAGGCUGUGUCAGGCCAGAUGAUGUCCUUAUGAAGACUGUCUUUGAGGAGUCUUGUAGGCACUACCAGAAAAGGAGUCUGAGUGACAGACAAAUUACAGUGGAGACGCUGCUAGCUGACAGGAAAUUCCAGGCUCCUUUCUUAUUGUCCUCCAUCCUCUGUGACUUCCUGAAAGUCCAGGAUGGAAGCGACCUUGACUACGGCCAGCUGCUCAGCUACCUGAAGCCUGAGUUGAAACGCUUCAUGCUGCUGGAUGGCAUCAAAAUGUUAGCGACUGCAGCAUCUGAGAAGGACCAGAGCAGCUGCUGUGAAGUGCUGGUGUGUGAGGAGGUUGGCCGCCUGCUUAGUUCAGACAUGGAAAGAGAGGAUGUGCUCCAUCUGAACCUCAUGUUCAACAUGUUCCCUUCUGAAUCAUGGCAGGCCACACAGGGGAUCCUACAGCUUCAGUUGAAUGAAGAAGGAUCCUUUUCUGCCAAAGUUCCACUUGAGGUAUGGAGGACUAUCCUGUCCAGCGUUCAGCCGUUGGCCUGGCCCACACAUCAAGGCAUUCCUCCUGCUGUGCCAGUGCCAGUGUUUGAGCUGCUCUGCCAGAUGUUUCUUCGAUACCAGCCUCAGUGGCUCCCCAGAUUUCUGGAACUGGCGCAGCAGUGCAGCGGUGACCUUUUGUCCACUCCCUCCAGGCAGAAGGCCGGUCCUGAGGAGACUCCUCUCUACAAACGAGCCCUCUCGGUUCUUCCGUUAGGCAGGGACUCCCAGGGCCUGGAGGUGGAACUGCUGCUGUGCAGCUGCAGGCCCACUGGGAUUCUGCAAGCCCUGCGGCUCCUUGUGGACCGACGCCAGUGGGAACAGGUUCUCCAGCUGGCAGAGCGGUUCUGCCAGCAGAGCCCACUGCUGAACAAGGAAAUCUUCACGACCCUGUUACAGGAGCUCUCCCAGCAUCGUGACCUGGACCCUUACCUCGACCGAGUAUGGGCCCUGUGUCCUGCGGACAUCACAAGUACCGGCAUCCUAAGUGUGCUUCUGGAGAGCUUUUCUGCAUCCAUCCCAUCCGGACCUCAACCUUUCCAGACACAAAACUGCCAACUUACCUUAGGCCUGCUGAGGCCUCUGUUGAGCCAGGUGCUCCAAAAAGAGACCAAGGUCAACCAGGGGUGUGUGAGGGUCCUCUGGCCCCGAGCCCAUCCUCCCCCGGUGCCCCCAAGGCGACCCAGGGAGAUGUUAGUUGGGUCUGAUGUUGGUCACCCAUAUGCCACUUAUCAGCCUGAAAGUGAAAAUGGACGACUGGCAGCCAAUUCUGAUGGCUAGAGCUCACAUCUCAGCUUAUAAAGAAAGUUUAGGCCAUUUGUUUUCAGCUCUUCUGGCCACGUUUCAAUGAUUUUAAACCGCUCCCAACCCCAAUGAUGAAAGGAAUGGUUACAUCAUGGUCUGGGGGCAAUCGUAGGGUUUUUCCCAUAAUAAAAACAUGGGACAUUUAUAAAUACCCAGAAAGGCAUAUAGAAUGAGCGCUUAACCUAUACCAAUAGAACACCCGUUUAAUUUUUAUUUGUUUACUAUACCUGUGUAAUACAACAGCUGUAAUAUAAAAAUAUGACGUUGAUGUAUUACAUCAGGGAUUCUCAACCCAGUCCUUGGGGAACGCCAGAAGGUCCACAUUUUUGCUAUCACCAUAGCUACAUUGUUGCCAAAAGCACAGUGUACUCCACAGUAAAGAUUCUAAAAUGCUUCCUGAUAGACUCUUGACACCAGUCAAUCGCAAAAUGAAGGGGAGGAGUCAGAGGAGAUUGUUUCAGUGGAUUUUGGGAAGAUUGACUGAUUUUUAGGGAAGCUGAGGGGAAAGAUGGAUGCAAUAGUCUCCAGCACUACCUGUGCUUUUGCCCUUAAAAUUGUUUUUAAAAGUAAAAACAUGGCAUUUCCAUGUUUCUAGGUAUUACUAGUUUACUGAAAGUUCCAAUUAUUUUACUUUAAUCACAUGUAUUGCUUUGGGUGAAGCGUAAUAUAUUCUUAAGUUCAGUCAAAGCACUUUAGAAUUCAUUUUGUAAAAUCUAUUAUUUUGUGAAAUGAAUAAUUAUGCUAUAUUUAGUUUUGUUGACUAGCAGUAAUACCUGCAUGGUAUUAUUGUUGUUGAUAAUUUUGGCAAACUACAGGCUGAAACACAAUUACAGGAGAAAUGUUUUAAUGACUUUGUUCUCCGUCGUCUGUAAUGCUUGUAUGGCUGCCUGAGUCAUUACUUGCAGGCUGUAUGUUUAUAAUUUUGCAUAUGCAAAAAAAUAAAACAUUGCAGGCUAUUACA